UGACAGAACUGCCCCAAACACAGCCAUCGCAGCGAUAGCUCCUCCUGUUCUCUUCUCCAGCUGCUGUUGUUCUGCUGCUGAAACGCUUCAUUCCUCUUCGCCAGUGUUUCAGCUGUCUUGUGAUCCGAACUCAACUCUUACUUUAAACGGCGAGCCUCUUCACAAGUUCCACCUAGAGCAGAAGCAACUUGUUCUUAUUCCACUCUUCUUUCUCUGUCAUUGGACUGUUCUUUCUACUAUCUUCUUCUGCUGUAUCUGCUACUAUUUUCAUGAAGCACAAUGAACGACUCUGAAUUUGACUGGUUGGCUUUUUCGGGCUUGAAACCCUACGACUCCUCCAACAAUGAUAACGAUAAUGCCAACGCUAAUCUCAUAAGCGACAUCAAUAGCAACAAUAACAGCAUCAACAACACUAACAACACUAAUAGCAUCAACAACAUUAACCAAACUAACAACGUCAACAACACAAACAACACAAACAACAUUAAUAAGGCUUUUCAAAAUGGCUACAAUCUAACAAACAACUUUUCAAAUUUGUCCUUAUCAACUAAUACUACGACAAAUUACAACAACAAUACCAGCACCAUUUCUAGCUUCAAUCGAACUGUCAGCAAAAAGAGUAAUAAUCCUUAUUCUACCUCCAUUGAAACCACUACAAAUACUAUUACAACCAAUAAAAUUACUUCAUCAAUAUCUUCCUUAUCUCUAACCGCAAGUGACACCAAAAAUAUCCCCUUAUCGCUAACCAUGGACCAAUUGUCUCCCUUGGAAGCAAAGACUUAUUUAAGGUGGUACAAUAAUAUAAUUAUCCAUAAAAAUACAAAACUAAUCAAUUUCAACGACAUCUUUGAAUUUUUCAAAAACUUCAAUUUCAAUAACAGGACCUAUCACAAUCAGAUUUUAAAAAUUUUUAAUUCAAAUUUAACUAGGAAUAUCAAUAUCGGUGAAUUUUUCGCUGCAAUUAGAUUAAUUGCCCACAUUAUUUAUAAUGCCAUCUUUCUAAAAAUCGCUGAUUUCACCAUCACUAGAGAAUUUAUCAUAAAACAGGUGAACAUCCCACAGCCUGCUUCAAUCCUAUCAACAAGCAAAAAUAAAAGAAAAAGUGAUGAUUUGGCAAAUUCAGAUUCUCAAAACAAUGCAAAAUCUAAUAACACUAAAGACGUUAAUAUCUUUCAAAAUCAAAAAUUGGAUAUAAGCAGUUUUGCUGAAUUCAUCAUGACCGGUGAAAGACCAUCAUCAAAUUCAGCUCCAAGAAAGAAAAAGAAAAAAGUCACUUUCUCUCAAAACUUGGUCACUACAAUGGGCACAACAACUGCUGAGGAAACAAGCUAUGAUCCUCUUAAUGAUGAAUCCAAAUUAGAUAUGUCUCUACCAAUGAAUGAAUUACUAGAAAGACUUAAAUCUAAACAUCAAAACAAUCAACAACAACCAAUUCCCCAACUACAAAUAGAACAACCCGAAGAAUUAAAAGAUAUGAAAGACUCUUUUACCCACUUCCAAAAUGUCAAAGUUGAAAGUGCUUUAAUUCAUGGAAACUCAGCACCAAUUCCUCAAAAUUUACUACCACUGAAACCUUAUAAUAAUUUUUUUGAUUCGAUAACGAACAAUAUCUCUCCUGCUUCCUCUCCUCAACCAGAAAUGCAGCCUGCUUUUCUUAAACCAACAAUGACUGGAUCAGCUAAUGCUUUUCUUAAACACAAUGUUAAUUCUAAUUCUCUUCAACCUUCCUUAAACUCGAAUGAUUCUGAGCCAAAAAUGUUGAAAAGAACAAUGACUGGUUCUGCAAAUGCUUUGUUAAAACAUAAUAAUGAUCAUAUUCCUCAAAUUGAACAACAGCAACAACAACAGCAACAACAACAGCAACAGAAAAAUCAACCUUUAACUGAUUUUUCAAAUAUUUUCCAACCACAACCUCAAACCCAAGUACAAUUACCACAGCAAUCAUUGUCUGAUUUCUCAAAUUUUUUCCAAACGCAAAAUUCUAGCUCUCCAGUACUAUCAAUAACAACGCAGGUUCCAAAUAAAAUGGCGCCUCCUCCAUUGCCUCUGAGACGUAAUCGUUCCACUUCAUCUCCAAUUCCAGCAAUUAAUAUUGAAAACUCAACUCCUUCUAACGGUUUAAAUAAUGGUAUGAAUUUUUUUCAAGGUUUUAACAAUCCUAAUAUACCAAGAGCUUCAUCCCCAUUGGCAUCCACAUUUCCUUCUUCUCCAGUUCAAAACACCAAUUCACUUAUUCAACAGAAUAUUCAAAAUAUUCAAAAUAAUAAUACUUUAUCAGUUCCUCAACCGCCAUUAAGAAAAGUCGUCUCUAAUUCUGAUCUUCAAUCAAAUGGUUUAAAUUUUAAUCUUAAUUUGAAUCAUAACCUUUCAGACUCAAGUGUGAAUCUCACAACAAACGGAGGGUCUUUAUCUAGUUUUCCUCCACCUCCCCCACCUACAAGAAGAAACAAUUUGUUAUUUGCAGCUUCUAAUGGGAUUCCUCCUAAAGUUCCACCUAAAAUUUUUGAAUCUCCUCCUACUUCUAAUACAGAAAAUUCGUUCUAUCAACAAAAUUCAAAUUUGCAAUCGAUUAAUGGAAACAGUGUCUCGAAUAAUGCUAAUAAUACAAAUAUUUACAAUAAUUUAUUAGGAAAUAAUAUGAAUCAGAAUUUGCCAGGAUUUAAUUUUUCUAGUCCCAAUUUGGCUAAUAUUAAUCUAAGCAAUAAUUUGAGUAAUAAUGUAAUUAAUUUAAACGGAAAUAGUUAUAAUCAAGUAUCAAAUUCUAGUUUUGUAACAAACACUUUACAAAGCAAUAUGACUGGAAUUCAGUCAAUGAACAGUUUUGCUAACUCCAACUAUCAAAAUAACCUUCAUAAUGGUUUUCAUAAUAAUAUUUUUAAUCCAUCGUUAAACCAGAUACAGAUGACGGGCAACCCGACAGGUCAACAGACUAUCGAUCUAAAUACAUUUCAAAACAAUUUUUUACCCACCAAUAAUAAUGUUAAUCCUUCUCAAAAUAGAUUUUUUUAAAUUUAUUUUUAUUGUAUAAAAUAAAUCAAAUUUGAAUGAUAUCUGCAAAAAUGGAAAUGGAACUAGUUUUUCAGUGGCAAAAUUUUAAAAUAUUUUGCUUUCAAUAAUUUUCAGCAUUUAACCUUUAAAAAUUUCAUAAUUUUUCUUUCUCAAAUCUCAUUUUUUUUUUUUGUUUAGUUUUAUAGAUUACUUUUUAAUGACAUUUUUUUUUCUUUUUCUAUCUUUAGUGAAGGUAGUAAAGAGAACGUAUAAGCUUCAGGUAUCAAUUCGUUAAGGGGUUUAUAAAAUUACAAAAUCACAAAAUUGUUAUUGGGUUUUGUGUAUUAGAAUAAUAGAUAGAAAAAUAUAAUACUGGAGCUAUUGGAACCUGAAAAUUCAAUUAAGAGCAAAUAUACGAUCUAAAA